CGUCCACGAUGGCGCGCUCUGACCGUACCACCACCACUGAAAUGCGCUGGCUCGCCGUCUUGGUGCUCUAUGCGGCAGCCAUCUCCGGCGCCGCGGCGGCGGCGCGCGCGGACACCUUCAGCUACCCGGCCUUCGACGGCACCACGACGCGGGACCUCGUGGCGGCCACCAACACGUCCGUCCUCCUGCCGGCCGCCCUCCUCUUCGACCACGACGGCGCCUUCGCCGAGUUCAACCGCACCGAGGGCUUCCUGCUGCUCUCCGGGACCGUCGACGUCUGGCGCCCCGGCCCCGGCGGGGUCCCGGCCCUCGAGGCGUCGUUCAACACCAGCUUCACGCUGGCCGGCGCCGCGCCAGUCGCGUUCGUCGUCCUCAACAACAGGUUCCCGCUGUACGGCUGGGGCGGCCUCCGCGGCUUCGCCAACUACACCUCGCCUGACGAUGGAGCCAGCAGCGCCGGAGGCAGCCUCGCGUCCGUCGUGGCCGGGCCGGUGAGGUCGUACGGCCCUGACGAGCCGGCCGUCGGCCUCAACGUCACCGUCACGCCCAACGGCACGGCUCCGGGCAGGACUGUGUGGGUCGAGUACGACGCCGCCGCACACCGCCUGUCCGUGCGCGUCGCCGGGGUGGGCGAACCAAGGCCGACCAAGGCCCUCCUCGACGCGCCGCUCGGCCUCGCCGGCCGCACCACCACCGAGAACGCCUUCGUCGGCUUCUUUGCCGCCGGGAUCCAGGACAUCAUCGUCGGUGUCCGGGACUGGGACCUGACGGUGGAUAGGUUCCCAGGUGAGGGCGACGGGAAGAAGGGCACGUCGUGGUGGGUGAUACUGCUCGCGGUGCUCGGGUCUGUGGCAGCCACGGCCGCCAUCGUCGCCGCGGCUGUGUGCUAUUUCCAGUCCAGGCGGCGUCGGCAGCUCAACAACAUGCAGCCACCCAAGAUGUAGCUUGUCAUUUAUUGCCACGUACAGGCCCGCGUAGGUGUCAACAAGGAUUGCUUAUUUGGAAUUACAUAUUCCUUGACCACAGUUUAAUUAGAUUUAAUUAACAAAAAAAUGUUUUAUGUGUGAUAUCAUGCUUAUUAGUAGGUGUUUUGGUUUGCUAUAAGAGUAAGGUUAUGGUUCCUUCUAUUAUGUAUGGUGUGCUUGGGACGUAAAAUAUAGGAGUUGCUAAAAUUUAGUA